AUGGCGGAUAGUAAUGGCGGAUCUCCUGCAAUUCCUUCAGGUUACGAUUACGACUUUGUUUCUCCCAUUGACGAAGAUUAUGUUUGUCAGAUUUGUCACUUACCCCUUAAGAAAGCCGUUCUCACGAGAUGUGGGCACAGGUUUUGUAAUGACUGCCUCUUGGAAUCCUUCAGGAGGUAAGCUUAAAGUUUAAACUUAUGGUAACUUACAAAUUAAUUUUCAGCUUAAGUUUUCAUAAGUCCUUAUCAAGUGCGAAUGAUAGAGAAAUUUAUUGUAUACAUUCACCAUAAUUACACUUCAUUGAUAGGAUUUUAUAUAGCUGGAUGAAUUCGAAUAUAAAUUAUGUUUGACCAUGUUUGGGACUUCAGAUUUUAUGCUAAUUGCAACUGGGAGAACUUAACUUAUCUUGGCAGUUAUCAAUAAUAAGAAGUGGAGAAGCCUUAUUAAAGAACUUUUUAGCUUGUAUAUUCUGCUCAAAUACAGGUCAUUUGAUUUGCUUUAAAAUAUCUUUUCAUGAAUUAUGCCUACAUAAUUUAUAAUAGUGAGUGGUAAGGGGAAAUUUGUUGGAAGAAACAUUUAUCCAGGGAAAUAUCACAUGACUUGUAUUGGAAAAAUGAAAAAUGUUAUUUGUUUUGUUGAUAACACAAUUGAAAUCCUACAUGGAUUUGAAAUACCAUGCCAAUGAAUCGAUUGGCACCUGAGGUACUCCACGAGAUAUGCAUGAAGAAAAUUAUUUUUACUAGCGAUACAUAACGAGCGAGUAGGAACUAUCCCAACUGCAAAAUAAACAAGGAUUGCAGUUAUUGUAUCAGUAAAUUCCUAACUGUGGAAGUGAUUUUACCCAUUACAAAGCAAUUUUAUCUACUACGAGUAAAAACUCAACCAAAGGUGAUAACCAUGCACUGGCAUAACAUUGCAUUACAUGUUGUUGAUUGAGGUCAUGAUGGUCCAUUUGCCGUGUUUUACAAUAAUUUUAAUAUUAAUAAUAAUAAUAUAAAACUAUCCCCCGAAGGGGAGGUGAAUAGUGGUGGUAGUACCGAGUUGGUAGGUGAGGGAAUUUAUAAUUUGAUCUGCAACCACAAGGUAUUUUAACAGUUAAACAUUUUGGCUACUGUAACAAGAGAAAAGAAAUUGAUAUUGAAAUCAAAGAGUUAAAUAUUUGCCUUUUUGUGCUUUAUGUGAAUUAACAGAAGACGUCAACCAGAAUGCCCUUGUGACAGAGAAAAGAUUGACAAAGACAAGGUACCAACAGUGCUGGUUCUUUUCCAUCCACGAUUAUUUAUAUAAUAAUUAUAUUUAAUCAUUGAUUAAUUUAUCUGGGCCCAGUUGUUCAAAAGCUGGAUAGAACUAUCCACUGGAUCAUUCGCUAUCCAGCAGAUAAGUAUAAUAAGGAGACUAAUACAGUAUCUAACGUAUAGUUAUUUAUCCAGUGAAUAGUGUUAUCCACCUUUUAAACAAAUGGGGGCUGUCUGGAGGAUUUUUACGUGGAUAUUUGGGGGUAAAGGGUUUAUUAUGUACUCCACAGACAUUAAAAUAUAGUUCACUUCAUUUCUUUAUUGAUUUGGGUUGUUUGAAACUUACAUAUAGACCUUUCUUGCAUUCAGCUCAAGUGAGCAAACAUAAAGAAAAAUGAGUUUGAAGUUUGGGUGGCCAACUUCAUACAAAUCGCUGUACUUUGUCCACCCAAGCCUUGAGUUGCUGCCUUUGUUUCCAGGAAUGUAGGAAAGGUCUGUUUGUUUGCACAAGCAUGUACUGCUUCCCCUGUUCAGUUCCUCAUGGUGUUUUUUUUUCUAUCAGGAUAUCUUCCCUGAUAAAGCAAGUGAAAGAAGAAUUCUAUCCUAUCUAGUCAGAUGUCCUUGUCCUGGAUGCCAGUGGAUGGGAGAGCUCCGUGAAGUACAGGUAAAGUUACGUUAAUCUCUGGACUGGAUUCACAAAUCUUUUUAGUUAGGAUACCGUUAUAUUUCUAUUUCUAAUUGGCCACUGAGGCCAUAAACUCAAGAACUACCGGUACUUAUAUUAGCUCAUCACUACAUUCUCAAACACCACACAAACACAAUUUCACUGUUUCACUACUGUUCACAAUUUCAAUUUCACAUGGCUCUAGACUUCCUCCACAUGCCCCGGAGGAGAGUGGGGGGGGAGUACUUGGAUUAAUUUUUGCUGGGUGUGUGCCGCUAGCCUCUCAGGGCCCCUACCCCAUUAUAGUUUAUUCUGUGGCCAAUUACUGUCCCCAUUUUAGUCACUUUUGGGCAAUUAAGUAAUUUUUGCAAUCCCAACUUAUUCAGUUUCUAUUUAUGUAUCUACCCUAUCAAUCCUCUAAAUAGGUUAUCCUAAAAUGAAUUGACACAUUUUUUAAAUUGAAUGAAGAACACUUUACUUUUCACCUACAGUACAAACAUUCUGGUACGUUUGCUAACAGUAAAUACGAAGAACUUUCUUACCCCCAAAAUCAGAAAAUGUGCAACCCCAUUCUUGUAACCCUAUUGAAAAUGUGACCUGAUUAUAGUCAAUCCAGUCGUCAAAAUGUGACCCUAUCCAGCAGCAUAUCCCCAUUAGCCUCUUAUAAGGAAGGACCCCGCUCCCGCCAGAUGCAUACUAGAGGUACAUCAUGAGUGUUGUUUCUCAUCAAUAGCCUUGAGAAAAGAUUACUUAAAUGGUCUUGUGAAUCUCUCCCCAAUGCUUACAACUGGAGUUUCAUAAUUUUUCUUUUUUAACUUUUUUGUUACAGGCAUGUUCCAAUAAACACUGUAAAACACUCAUUUUGGCAUUAAUUACUUUGCAAAUAGAAAUCUGCUUGAAAUGAAAUAUGCCAGUUUAUGUAGUAUUUCAGUGGCCCAAAAAUCACUGUUCUAGAGAUUUGCAACAAAACUUUUGUGCAUUUUCAUUCCAGUAUAUAUUAUACACUUAAUGACAGUCAGAUCCCGAGGGAAAACAAAACGAACUGGUUUCCUGUGGGACCUGACAUCAAGUAUUUUGUUAUAUUUCUAGACGUUCACUUCAACAGCAACAAAAGAAUAACCAGAGCGAACCAAAACGGUCGACUUGGUACUUAUAACAACACAAAUUUAAAUCUCAAAACCACUGAGUGAAUGAUUUACAAAGUACUUUCCUUAUAUUAUCUGCUUUUUUUUCCUCCACUACCUGCUGUUUCUCUUCUGGGAUAACUUUAAAAAUCAUUGCUUUUGGCUUGAGGCUUUGUGUUUGUGUUGUUGUGUUCAUUCACGAAAAAGAAAACCGGCAGUGUUUUUGCUGCCUUCUGUCAUACUACUUUCCACUAUGCUUUGAUCAUGUGCUGUAAUGUGUCCCUAGUGGGGUACAUUGCUUAAUGUAUCACGAUCGGGAUAAAUUUGAUUUUAGUCAAGGCCACGUGAAUCAACCAAGAAUCAACCUAUGGCAGUCCCUGUUUAGUUGAUUGAAAGUCUAGGAAUAUAACAAGAUCAGUUGAACGUACCUUAUAACACAUAUUCUCAAACAUUUACGUAAAACAACAAAAAAUCAUCAAUAUUGGAAGAAGUUUGAUUUCAUCUUUAGUUCACUUUUGUAGUAAACUUUAUGUUGCCAAAGCACAACUACCAGUCGGACUGCUUCCAACAUUGAAAGUGAUAGGUACAUAAUUCCAUAAGUUUUACUUUGGCCCAGGUGCCUUUCUUUUGGUAAAAAAAUAUACAUCUUGACAUAUUUUAGUGGCCCAAAAAUCACGGUUCCAGAGAUUUACAACAAAACUUUUGUGCAUUUUCAUUGCGUUAUAUGAUCAGUUGAACGUACCUUAUAAUACAUAUUCCAAACAUGUAGAUAAAACAACGACAAAUCAUCAUCAUUAUUUUGUCCAUACUCUAGUCUUUUGUAAGUAUUCAUUUCUAAAAUCUUUAAUACUUCAGAAUCACGAAGAGAGGUGUCCUGACAAAGUUGUUGAGUGUCCAAGUCAGAACUGCACUGUUAAACUAGCCAGAAGACUGAUAGAAGAACAUAUGAUGACUUCCUGUCCUUGGAGAAUUGUUUGCUGUCCAUUUUGCAGUGAGAAUCAUCCAAAAUCACAGGAACUUGUAAGUAAUGGGUUUCUUCUGACUUGAUCAAUUUUGUACAGCCUUUGGAUUAUUUAGUAAUGAAAAUAACCAUUAUCUUUACCACUGCCAUUAUCUUUUCAAUAUCAAUAGUAUAAUAAUAAUUAGCAUUUGCUUGGCUGUGAGGUAUAACUGCUACACCCACUCAUGUAGUAGCAAUGGAGCUUUGGUGAAAAAUAAUGUAUAAAGGAGUCUUCAGCAAUUAGGAGUGACUGUAUGGACAGGUUUAUAUCUGCAGAAAAUGGCAUUGCUUGAAACUGCCAAUAUUGAAAAUAAGGCUCUGAAUUGAGCAAAAAAACAUUGAACUUUGGAGAACACUACUCAGUUAGUAUAAUUUUAAGGGGAUAGGAGUGCAAUCUUUUGCAGAUUUCAGAGAACUUUUUUCAGAGAAUUUGCUACAUAAACAUUGAUGGAAGAAGUUUGAUUUCCUUUUUAGUUCACUUUCUUAGUAAACUUAAUUUUGCCAUUAAGCACAGUAAGUACUACCAGUCCUGUUGCCAACAUUGAAAAGGUUGUCCUCUGUUUGGUGUACACUAACCUCUCUUUAUAUAAUAUUAUUAUUUUAUCACUGAAUCUUUUCAGGCACACAAUGAAAGCUGUGCUUUCUACCCUCUGAAUUGUAUUAAUGGCUGUACACAGGUUAUUCCAAGGAUGCAGGUCAGUAUGGAUGUUUUCUGGAAUGUUCUAUUCAGGAGUUCUAUUGUAAAUUAAUAUUUUAACACUGAGCAGAUUUGGCAGAAGGCACAUAAGUUUUUAAAUUGAAUUUAAAUAAAGAUUUCAACUUCAGGAAAUGCUCAAAGUUGUACAUUGUACCAUGUUCAUUUAGGUAUACUAGCUAACUAGCUAACUGUGCCAGCACACAGUUCCCUUUUUGUUGUCAAAUAUUAACUCGAUCUAAAAAGUGCAAACUAAGAUUAAAAGUUCCAAAAACUUUAGGAUUGGUAAUCAAGUCUGUAGUGAGUGGGAAGUGAAAGGUUUUACCUUCAAUGUAGAGAUCUUCCCUUUAAGUUUAUUUAAAACUGAGCAUGUAAUGUCAUCUUGUGCCAUAUAACAAAGUUAUGAAAGAAAUAAGCGACUGACGACCUGGGUGGUACUCAACAAAUGUUUAUACGGAGAGGCUCCACCCGGAGGUCCAACCCCUUACCCUUUUAUAUACCAUUUUUUACGAAAAAGGUACCCCUUUCGUAUACCUUGUAUUGACAAAUGGUAGCCCUUUCUCGUACCUUGUUUAGAACGUUGCAUCCCUUUAAACUGCUGUAAAUGUUCUGUCUUUUAAAUAGGAAUCAAUAACAAAAAUAUAACUUUUUCUUGACUUUAUAAAGCCAUAAAAUUCAUCCGUCAGCCCUUCUGGGCCUUUUCACAGACCCAAAUGACAGAUUUUUGUACACUUUUAAAAACUACAACAGGUGAAAUCUCUACCCUUUCAUAUGAGGCGUGAAAAAGAUACCCCUCUCGGGUAGAGCCUUCCAUUAUAGAGUACCCCCCCUCCCCGGGACUGAGGGUUCAAUAACAUAAUAUACUAUGUACAUUCAGAUGCCUCACCAUUUGGAAACAGAUUGUCUUCUGACACCUCUCGCAUGUCCUUAUCAUGAACUGGGUUGCACUGCCAAGGUAAGUACUUUGAUUUUUUUGUUUGUCCUUAUUGUUAUUUCGGACAGUGUUUCAAGCUCUUUGUGGGCAAUAACUCUAUAACAGCUCCUCCCGUUUUGUUUUGGUCUCCGCGCUUUCUCAAUUCAGCGGGCCCGACUAUCUCGGAGACUGGAACAGGCUAUAACAGCUGUCAACAUGAAAUCUUAAUGCCUGUAGCCAGUCUCGUGGCUUCUCCAAAUGCACACAACUCUUGUGGUAACUAAAGCUGGUGCACUUCCGCAAGAAAGCCGGCCUGCAGGCGACAAUUUUGUGCGUGAAUCACAUCUCAUAAAUAUUUCAUGAGUUGAUUAUCACGCAGCCUGCUAUCUAGCCUGUGAUUCAGCGAAAAAUGAGCCAUGCCGGAAAGAAACCUCUGCUCGCAGAGUGUUUCGUUUUACACUGAAGAGAUUCGAAGUUUCCUGUCACCUCUGCGAAGCAUGGCGAAGCUGUGCACUCUUGAAAAGCAACACGCCAACGCGCCAACCUGUUGUUCUUAAAACGUAACAAAGAAAUAGAUGUGGAGAUGAUAUGACUGCUCGGCCGUUUGCUAAAUUCUUUCAAAAGGCGCCGGGUAUUUUUGGGUUAUUUGCCCAGUUGUAUGGAGUUCAAGGUCUCGCUUAGCUCUGGUCGUUGUCACGCAAUUUGCAUCUUUUUUUAAAGAAGCUAACACGCUUUUCGUAUCAAUUGAAUUCUAAACAUAAGGAUCUAGUUCUGUUCUUUGAAACUGUGUUUAGGCAUUGAAACUGUUUCCUGUCUUCUGUUGUAAUGGAUGACAAGGAUGGACGUGGAUUGAAACUUGAAAUAGUUUGUUUAACUUCUUCAAGUUUUAAUACUAUCAUGCCUGAAAAAUUUGUGUGGUAUCUUCUUUUUAACUCUACAUUAGUAUUCUGUGGAUGAGGUAAGGCACUAAGUACCAGAGGUAAUCAUUGAUUAGGGAUCCUCGUUCGUCACUUACGGAAAAAUAGGCUGAUUUAGCAACAGGGCGGGAACGUCAGUUGACGACGGGAAAGCGCGCGGAAAGGACUAAACACGACUUCCGGUGCUCAAUUUGCCGCACUGCCAUUGGUCAAGCCAGUUGUUUGAUUUGCGCGCUCCGUCUUCAACUGACGUUCCCGUCCUGUUGCUAAAUCAGCCUAAUAACGGAAACCAAAUGGAGUCGAAAGGAGUCCAGUUUCCCAGCCGAGGUGCUCCUGAUAAAAUUAAUAGGGGCGGAUAAUUUGCAGUCGCCCGUGAUAGCUGGAAAUUUUCUGCAAUGCCACAGGAAGACGAAAUUAGGAUCAGAACUGACCUAAAACUGAAACUGAUUCUCGUGACAGUAGCCCUUAAUUUUUUAGUCUACAACUCAAUAAAAAGUGAAUUUUUUUUCUCCCAAGGUGGAAAGGCGGGACAUAGAAAGACAUAUUCAUGACCAAACUGUUUCACAUCUCAGCCUAGCGUGCAAGAAGAUUGUUACUCUUCAUAAAGAGUUUGAUAAAGAAAAGACAAGCCUCAGUAAACAGCUUGAUGAACUGAAGAAAGAAAACGACUCGCUGCUUCUCAAGGUUUCAGCAAUAUCGAAAACUCGGAAUGACUCUCCAACUUACGUGUGGAAGAUUAGUGGAUUCAGUGAAAUUCUACGUCAGGCCAAACAUGGGAGAAACAACAAACUUGACAGUAAGCCAUUUUACACCGAGACAUACGGAUAUAAACUCAAAAUGUCUGUAAAUCCUAAUGGCGAUGGUUCUGGAAAGAACACACAUUUAUCUGUAUUUGUAAUCGUUAUGAAAGGAGACUAUGAUGGCAUGCUGUACUGGCCAUUUAAUCAGAAGGUCACUUUUAUACUUGUAGACCAACAGGAUAGCGCAGAAGAACGCGAGAAUAUUGUGAUGCACUUCAAAGCAAACGCUAAACUAGAGAAUUUUUCCAGGCCUACUUCAGAUGAGAAUCCAGGUCGAGGUUACGCAAGGUUUGUGUCGCAUGAAAAACUCAAGAGUAGGCGAUAUAUUGCGGAUGACACGUUGUAUCUUCAAGUCGUUGUGAGUCCACCAUCGCCUUGA